AUGGAGAAGGUACCAAGUGGAACUUCAAGGAGAAGGAACUCCAAAGGGUUUGGGCAACAAUCGCUGAUGGAGAGCUCUUCCUCAAGGUCUAAGGCUGCUCAAAUCAGGAGCCCAGUGUUGAGAUAUGUGCACAAGGCACUAGCCAACACCUUCUUUGCAAGGAAGGCAACCGGGACCAUUAACGAGGGGGAACUCAAGUUCCUUGACAUGGGGAUCAAGCCUAUUAUGUCACGCACAAGCGAUGGCAAGAGGAUCAUGGGAGAUAGAUCCAACACAGGGAACCUGAUGCC